AUGGAAACGUGGUUGGUGUCGGUGCUGGUGCUGCUGGGUCUGCCGGGGCCCCUCGGGGCAGGGCCCCCCGCCCACAACAGCACACAUUCGGUAACGGACGGGUUUUUUUACUCAGAGGCCACAUCUGAGCUCAGGUCCACGGAAAACGGAGCAGCUUCAUCUUCAUACUCCAGCGAGAGUUUAUCCCCAUCACAGCAGAACCUCCUGCUCACGCGCACAGCUGAAACACGCGCUGCUGCCUCCGCAAUGUUCAACACUGAACAGACAGAAGUCUUCACAGAAACAAGCAAAGGGUCUCUAGAAGCCAAAAACCUGUCAACUGAGCCACUUACCUUCUCCUUUGUAAUCACCACUGAGGCCAGCAGCAGCAGCAGCAGCAGAGACUGGAAGGACUUCACCAACACAAAGCAGAUGCCUGUCGUGGCCCACACGUUGUCCCCAGAGGACAGGUCCUUUCAAUCUACAGAGGAGGAAAACCUGCCCCAGGACAGCCCAGAUACCACUCUCCGAUUGGGGGGCGUCACAGAUUUGGCGUCGCAGACUGCCGUCCUCGGUGAACGCACGUAUACGACCACCAUCAGCCGAGCUGGGGAGAGGACCCUGCUUUCUGUCACCUCCUCCUCUAACAACACCUCCUCUGCCUUUACAGAGGACUCCAGCUCCCGUCAACCUUCCUCUACCUGGGGGAGUCCUCCCACGCCUGCAGAGACAGAGGAUUACACUCAAAGCGCUCCGUCAACAAGGACUAACGGGAGGGAGCAGCACACAUAUGGGGCCUUCUCAGAGACUGGGAGCCCAGUGGGGAUCAGAGGAACCCCGACUUUAACUGGACAACCUAAUGCCACCACGCAUCAGCGUUCUUCAACUGCACAGGAGACCCCUGAUUCAACGCCCCCUCUCUGGGUGACGGAGCUCAGCACCAACCAGUCAGAAGUCUCUGUUUCUGCCACUCCUCCUUCUUUCACGCCUGUAAAUGUCUCUGGGACAGAUGAUGGGUCAGGGUCGAGUGUUAGGACGUCCACAGAAGCGACCAUUGGAGCCCACAGCUCCAGCACUCAGAACCAGGAGGGCACAGAGGGGCUUUCAUCCCGAACCAGUGAGGGCAGCAUGAGGCGGGGUCUGACCGCAGCACCCUCCACGGUCAGCAGUAGCACCUCAGAAAUGAAUGAUUCUUCGACAGACGUGCCAGUCGUUGUUACCGAGGUCUUUCUCACCACCGAGCCACAGAAUGUCACUGACAGAUCACAGACAACAGAGGGAAACACUUCUGAAGCUACUGCCUUUACGACCACCGUGGCAUCCACCCUGCACCCCCUACCUUCAACGUCAUCAACAUUUUUAAGCAGCGUCUCGAGUGGUUAUUCUUCUCAGGCCCCUACAGAGGCCACCAUUCCAUACACGACCCCCACCUCCACGGUCUCCACCCUGGCGCUGUUGACCUCUGCAGCACAUCCCACUGACCUCGCUUCACCCACUCAGAGACCCUUUGCAGGGACGACCGAGCCAACUGAAGCUACCACCACGCACACCGAGACGAGCACAGGAACCCAGGGAGUUACCACAGCUGCGAGUCAGUACAUGGAGAGCACCCCCACUCACAGAACUCCAGCAGGGAGCACAGAAGCUCAGCACACCACCAGCAAACAGUCGGAGUGGGUGGAAGCAACCCCACCUAUUGUUAUCCAAACUGCAAGGGUGCCACCACUAGGAAACCCUUGUGUGUCAAACCCUUGCAUGAACGGAGGUGUGUGUGUGAGCUACGAAGGGCCAGAGUACGCCUGUCGCUGUAAGCAGGCCUGGACGGGACCAAACUGUGACCAGGAUGUGGAUGAGUGCGAGAAGGACCCCUGCCCCACUGGCUCCAGAUGUGUUAACACCAGAGGCUCCUUCAGCUGCGAGUGUCCGCUUGGAUUUGAUCUGCAUGAUGGACGCACAUGCACCAGAGCAAAAACAUUUCUGGGAACGUUUAGUUUUGACAAACAUGAUUCUUCUAUAAAAAGCGCCGCCAUGCAUGAGAUCCAGAGAGAAAUCAUACAGCUGCUCAAUGUCUCAUUGUCAGUCCUUCGAGGGUACAGUCGUUCAACUCUGAGCAAGAAAGAGCAGGGUGGGCUUCAUAUCCUGGCUAUCAACAUGUUUUCCAUCUCCGCUGACGUGACGACAGCUGAAGUCUAUGAAAGCGUCACGGUGUUUCUCAGAAAGUGCAACUCCUCGCUGAGCCACUGCCGAAUGGUCCUGAUGCACCAGCUCUCGUACCACAUGGAGAGUUUGUGUGAAGCUCAGAGGACUCAGUGUGAUCCAGAGCGCUCCUUCUGCACCGACAGCAGUGGCACUUCCUCCUGUCAGUGUCUGCAGGGGUAUUACAAACACAGUCCGGAUGAGAUGUCCUGCUUGGAAUGUGGGGAUGGCUACAAGCUGGAAAAUGGCACGUGUGUCCCGUGCAUGUUUGGAUUUGGAGGACUCAAUUGUGGAAAUUUUUACAAGCUAAUUGCAGUUGUGGUGUCACCUGCAGGGGGAGCUCUGCUCCUCAUCCUGAUCAUUGUGCUUAUAGUCACCUGCUGCAAAAAAGACAAAAAUGACAUUAACAAAAUCAUCUUCAAGAGCGGAGAUAUGCAGAUGUCCCCAUACGCGGACUUUCCUAAAAACAGCCGGAUAUCCAUGGAGUGGGGCAGGGAGACGAUCGAGAUGCAAGAAAACGGCAGCACAAAAAAUCUCCUACAGAUGACAGACAUUUACUAUUCUCCUGCUUUGCGUAACUCGGACCUGGAGAGAAACGGCCUUUAUCCAUUCACGGGUCUGCCAGGAUCUCGACACUCGUGUAUUUACCCGGCCCAGUGGAACCCCUCUUUUACAAGUGACGAUUCACGAAGAAGAGACUACUUCUAAGUGUCCCCCUCCCCACCCAAGCAACAAAAAGAAAAAUCUCAGUGUUACAAUUCUGAU